CUAACUAUACCCUCGUUACUCAAGCAAACACAUAGAAACUUUUUUUGUUUGAAAAUGGCUCUUUUAGGUCUCCUUUUAAUGGGAAUUUCCCUCAUGUUUCAAUCAGCCCAUGGCAAUGGUGGUUGGAUCAAUGCUCAUGCCACUUUUUACGGUGGAGGAGAUGCUUCUGGAACUAUGGGUGGUGCUUGUGGUUACGGAAAUUUAUACAGCACUGGAUACGGAACGAACACUGCUGCGUUGAGUACUGCUCUGUUCAACAACGGGUUGAGCUGUGGAGCGUGUUUUCAGUUAAUGUGUGUGAAUGCGGGACAGUACUGCCUGCCGGGCAUAAUUACUGUGACAGCCACAAAUUUCUGUCCACCAGGAGGGUGGUGUGAUCCUCCGCGCCCUCAUUUUGAUCUCUCUCAACCUAUCUUCUUGCGCAUUGCUCAAUAUAGAGCUGGCAUCGUUCCUGUUGCCUACAGAAGAGUACCCUGCAGAAGAAGUGGAGGAAUUAGAUUUACAAUCAAUGGUCACUCUUACUUCAACUUGGUUCUUGUAACAAAUGUUGGAGGUGCAGGAGAUGUACACUCCGUAUACAUCAAGGGUUCAAGAACUCAAUGGCAACCAAUGUCAAGAAAUUGGGGCCAAAAUUGGCAGAAUAACGCUUACCUUAACGGCCAAAGCCUGUCCUUUAAGGUCACUACAGGCGAUGGUCGCACUGUUGUUUCAUACAAUGCAGCUCCUAGUUCUUGGUCUUUUGGUCAGACAUUUUCUGGAGGACAAUUCCGUUAGAACGCAA